AAAGAAAGAGGGAUCCCAUCCCAUUCAGCAGAACAACAACAACGCAGAGGAGAGAAAUAAAGGAAGAAAGAAAAGCAUUAGAUUUCCCGCGAAUUUCUGUGUAGGGGAAAGAUGAUGUCGAGUGGUUACACCAGUAUUGAUAACCAGAAAGUUUCUGGUGGUGGCGGAUCUGUUCCUGCAGUUCCAGAUCCAGGGCAUGUAACUGUCAAAUUUGCAGAGUCGAAUCUUCAGACAUUUCCACCAUCUGAAACUCAAGGGAAAAUUUCCGGUGGUUACCGUCCUCCUCGAGAUGCUGAUGAUUCAUUUUCGAAACCAGCUUCUGGUAGUAAUAGUUCUGAAGAACAACAGCCAAGUGGUUGGCUACGAACAUUCACGGUUGCUGCAUACAAACCAUACUUCGAUGUGGACACGUCUGAUGUUUUAGAGAGGAUCAAGGAUUCACUAUUUCCAUUUAAAGGAAGCUUUAACGAAAAGACCAGCAGCAACCCAGACUUGUACGGGCCUUUCUGGAUAUGCACCACUUUAAUAUUUGUGGCAGCAGCCAUUGGGACAUUCGUUACAUAUGUGGCACACAAGGUCCAGAAGAAAGAGUGGGAUUACGAUAUAAACAUGGUUACAUGGUCAGCUGGCUUGUUUUAUGGGUACUCCAUGGUUGUUCCUCUUGGAUUGUACAUCAUCCUUAAAUACUUCUCGGCACCAUCUGGCCUGGUUCAGCUUUGGUGUUUAUAUGGAUAUUCCCUUUUUGUUUUCAUUCCUGCCUCGUGCCUGUCAAUCAUUCCGUACGAAAUAGUUAGAUGGGCAGUUGUAGGUGUUGCAGGAUUCAUGUCAGCAACUUUCGUUGCACUUAAUCUUCGUGCUCAUAUCACUUCAGCUGGUGAGAGGUGGUUCUUGAUUGUCGCUGGAAUCUUUCUGUUGCAGCUAGGUCUGGCUGUGGUAUUAAAGAUGUACUUGUUCACCGUUACAGUAUAACAGAUUCGGAUCCUUUGCAAAGGCAUCAAAAGUACUUGUUCACCGUCAGUAUAACAGACACAGAUUCCGAUCCUUCGAAAAGCCACCAAAAGUAAAAUGAGAGCUUUCUCCGUUCUGUCUCAUAAUUGAUUUUUGACUGUUGUUCAAGGUAUUAUAAUAGAAAAUGUAAUUCAACCUCUUAUAUUCAAUUUUUGAUAAAUAUUAGCUUCCAUGACUCUGUGAUGAACCCAUUGUGGAUACUAGUGAUUCGUCAAUCGCGCAGAAUAUAGUGUACUGUUCUCUUU